CCAAUACACGACAGCCUCCAACCUAUCCCACAAUCCCACAUGAUUCCACUUUCACAUUUUCUUUCUACUAUAAAAAUCAUUAAUUACUCAACUCAUAUGCUCCACCAUUCUUCUUGCUUCAUCCUCUUCAUUUUGUCUCUAAUUUUUGUACUAUCUUCCAAAAGUCAGCGCCAUCUUUUGUCCUUUGAUCCAUUUUUCUCCCUUUCUCUAAGAUUUUUUUUCUCCUUAUUAGUAUCUUGCUUCAAUAGACAAAAAUAACCACACCAAAUAUUUUCAACUUAAUUUCUUCUAGCCAUACCCAAAAAAAAUCUCUAUGUGCUACUACUAGCUAUAGUACUAUUAUAUCUUCUUCUAAAUAAUGGCUGAGGAUUGGGAUCUUUUUGCAAUUGUUAGAAGUUGCCAAUCAACAACCAAUACUAGCACAACCACAACCACAAUCAAUAGUACUAUACCAUCUUCCAUUAAUUCCACUUCAAAUUUGAAGGUAGAAUUAGAAUAUGAUGCAUUUGCUUUUCCUAAUAUAGUGCAACCUAUAACCAAUGAGGUUCAAGGGUUAAACCAAUUAUUCACAUCUUUUAACCCCACUACCAAUCCCAACACAACUAUUAUCACUAGUGGUUAUGGUAUCAAUCCUAAUUCCCCUAAUAUUGCAAGAUGCAUUGGACAACAACAUCACAAUAUUGCUCCUACUACUUCCUCUUCCAUUUGGCCUAAUUUUGUGCAAGAAGCUUCCACUUCUAGCUUCAACAAAUUCCAUAACCAACAAUUACAACAACAUAAUCAUCAUCUACAAGUAAUUCAGAAACAAGAAUUCCAUGUACCUCAAAGCACCCAACCUCAAACACCAAGAUCAAGAAAAAGAAAAAGUCAACAAGGGAAAAUGGUGUGUCAUGUAACUGCGGAUAACCUCUCAACAGAUUUGUGGGCAUGGAGAAAAUACGGACAAAAACCCAUUAAAGGUUCUCCAUAUCCAAGGAACUAUUAUAGAUGUAGUAGUUCCAAAGGUUGUACCGCGCGAAAGCAAGUUGAAAGGAGCAACACCGAAGCGGACAUGUUUAUUGUGACGUACACAGGAGAUCACAACCACCCUAGACCGACUCACCGGAACUCGCUCGCUGGAAGUACACGAACCAAGUCUCCGGCGAUACAACCACCCACUUCAAUUUCUUGUCAACCCAACACGGCGACUUCUUGCUCCUCCUCUUUAGCACCAAACUCUUUUGGUGAGGAAGAAGAAGACAUUGACAUGGAAAUUGAAACCGAUGAAGAAGGCGAAGAUGGUUGUGAUAUUCCACAAUCCAACAAUGGCCAAUAA